AUCACGUGAAUAACAGUUGGCGUCCAGUUUUGGGUUGGGUUAGAAGUUCUCUGACAAAUCACUUAGGCCACAUUAUUUGUAUGUUAUCUUGUGUCAGUUUGCAGUAUCUUGUCACACAUUCUUGAAAUUGACUGAUUUCAUUUAUAUCAUCCGUUAUGCAGCCUGCUCGCGUAAGCAUUUAGUUAUAUUCUGAGUGCAAAAUCAUAAAUUUAGUGAAGCUUGGAGGUUAGCCGGAUCCAAAGACCCAGGAGACGGAUCUGAGAGUGUUCGGAGUUGUGCUCUACUAUUCCCUCUUUAUCAUAGUAAGCCCUGUGGUCACCUUCUUUGCAUCCAAAUAUGCUUUUGAUAACAUUUUUGGUUUAACCAAUGUUACUUCCAAUAUAAGUGCAGCUGUGGGUGCUGUUGUAAUGCUGCACAUUGCACUGGGCAUGUACAUUUUCAAAGCCUACUCCAAACCUACUGAACCUGAGAAGCCAGCUAAACAAGAUUAAACUUAUCACUUGUUUUAAGUUCCUAGGUUCUAAGAUGGAUUUAAACAAUAAGAACAAAACUAAAUAUUUUAAAGGUCAAAAAUUGUUCAUAACAUUGUCAGAUAAUAGAAAUCUAGAGGCAACUUUUAAUCGUGACAAUGCUACACGCAAGUCAAUAAUCCUACACAAUGUAUCAUUUGUGCCAAGUGAUGGAAAAUCUUUUGAACAGCUGGAGUUUAAACUGAAUGAAAUUCACAAAAUUUCUUGUUUAGAUUUGGAGGUUGAAGAGAGCAACAACCAUACCCAACAAAAAGAACACAUUUCUCCAUUAAGAGACGAUCCCCCAGCGUGCACAUCAAAUGGAUUAGGGGGGGUCUCACCUUCGGGAGAUGAUUCCCCAUCAUGCAACUCAAAUGAAUAUGGGGUAUUUUAUGAUAAAACUAAAAAUAUAGUUGAGAAUCAUGUAUUUAUUGAUCAAAUUGAUAACAAGUUUUAUGAAGCUGUCAGUUGUAUUCAGAAAGAGAGUACUGUUGCUGUAAUAGGGGAAGGGAGUGCCCAAGCACGCUUCAGCCACCUUGUAAUCCUGGGGAUUGCUACCCAACAAGCUGUAUUUUUAUUUGACAUUGUAAAUCUUGGGGCUAGGAUUUUCAAGGAACAUCGUUCAUUUCUUAAGAGGUUCUUGGAAUCUCGCAAUGUAUUAAAAGUUGUGCAUGACUGUAGAUUUCUUUCUGACUGCCUCAAGCGUAAACAUGAUGUCAUGCUAACCAAUGUUUUUGAUACACAGGCAUGCCAUUUACUUGUUGUGAAAAAUCAUUCGGGACAUCCUCCUUUAACUGGAAGCUUUUCAGAUCUUGUGACAGAGUACUUAAAUUUACCUGGACACAUGUUUGACACCAAGGGAACCAGUCUUGACUUGUGGCGAAGGAGGCCAUUGGCAGAUGGAUUGGCAGUGAGGGUUGCAUGGAAGACUAUAUUACUUCGGAAGCUAAAACCCAAAUUGGAUGACGCUUACUAUUCUCCUUUUGACAAAUUGUGUUACACAUAUUUACGCUCUGUACGAGAUAUGGAUGAUGAAAUGGAAGUGAAGAUGUUAAUGCAACUCCAGGAAAGAGAUGGAAUACCAAGCGAUAUACUUGCUGACUUGAAUAAGUCAGAGUGCAGUGAGAAUUAGUUUUGCAACCAAUCAAUUUUAACUAUUACCUUUUUCGUCGUAUUUUAUUUUUUUACUUUCUAGUCUUUUUUUCUGAAUGAAUUUUGUUUAUUUGACAUUCCUAAUCAUGGUACGACAGACAAAUCACGAAUAAAUUGACAUUUUAAUUACA